AACACUUAUCAUCCGGGAGGCCAUUUGUGUGUUUGUUAGUAAACUGAAUCGUGUUACCCUGCAGAUCGUAUUUAGAAUGAGUAUCGUCGAGUACUUUUCCGAACACAGCGGUUAUCGUUGCGGAUAUUGCAAAAGCGAAGACGGAAGUUAUUCUCAUGGUAAAAGAAUGUGGGCACAUGCUCUGACACCUAUGGACUACCAAGAUCUUAUCGACAGAGGAUGGAGAAGAAGUGGAAUGUAUUGCUACAAGCCAACUAUGAAUAUUGCAUGCUGUCCUCAGUACACAAUAAGAUGUGAAGCAUUAAAUUUUCGUCCAUCGAGAUCACAGAAGAAAGUCUUAAAAAAGAUGCAUAAAUUCUUGGCUUAUGGAAGAACUAAAGAUGACGCUUCUAACAACGAAUCUCAAAUGAAAUCUUUCGAGAGCGAUAGUCAUUUCGAGUAUCCAGAUGUCGUGAGAAUGAAAGACAUAGCUUCUAAAGUCGAGAAAGAUUUAAAAGACAAAGAAUUCGAAGAUAGACCUGAUUUAGGAAGUGCAAAAAACACAUCUCAGAAUGAACAUAAUGUAUUGAGUGAAGAAAGUAAAAUCGUUAAAAAUGUGACUGUUAAAACGAGUUCAAAAAAAGAAGGUGAUCAUACGAAUUCUGAUAGACCUUUACCGAAAAAAGCUAAAUUAAUGAGGAAAGAACGAAAGAUCCAAAAGUUAUUAGAGAAAGCAAAGCAAGAAGGGACAUCUGAAAAUGUGGAACAGUUGCUUAAGAAAAACCAGACAAAGCAGAAAAAUAAAGUUAAGACAUUGAAUGAUUUUCUUAACGAACCUCUUCCCGAAAACCCGGCACAUCGUUUACAGAUUCGUUUAGUUCGUUCCGGUCUCGGCAAUAGAGAAUUUGAAAAAACUUUUUCCGUUUCGCAUAAUAUCUACGAAAAGUAUCAAAUGACAAUCCACGGAGAUCCACCGGAUAAAUGUUCGGAAGAUCAGUAUAGUUGGUUCCUUGUUAAAAGUCCUUUAAAAUCACUUUCUCAGCCAGAGAAAAGGUCAGAAUUUUUCUGUGGUUAUGGUUCAUUCCAUCAGCAGUAUUGGCUAGAUGAUAAUUUAAUUGCUGUUGGAGUUGUAGACGUGUUACCGCAUUGCCUAUCUUCUGUAUAUCUAUAUUACGAUCCGUCGUAUAGUUUUUUAUCACUAGGAACUUAUGCAACAUUAAGAGAGAUAGCAUUUACGCAAGAAUUGAAUCGCAUCGUUCCGGAAUUGAAAUAUUAUUAUAUGGGUUUUUAUAUCCAUUCUUGUCCAAAGAUGCGAUAUAAAGGUAACUUUGAACCUUCAUACCUCUUGUGUCCCGAGGUCUACAGUUGGCAUCCCAUUGAAAAAUGUAAACCAAAACUGGAUAUUUCCAAAUAUCAUCGUUUGAAUGAAGAUAGUAAUGCAGAAGAUAAAGAUGGCAUCGUAGACAUUGGCCAGGUUCAGAUUUUAUACCAAAGACAAUGGAUUUCCUACGCCAAUUAUCGCAAGAUGAGGAAAGGUGAUUGCAACGAAGCCGAAGUGGCGGAAUAUGCUCGUUUUGUAGGAAGGAAGUGCUAUUCUAGAAUGCUUUUAUACAGAUCGAGUUCCAAAUAAUGAUAUACUGCUUCUUUUUACCAAUUAUCACUGCACAUAUAGCAUGGAAUUUAAACUGUAGAUAUGUGUAAAUUUGUUCACAAUAAAUUAUUAAAAGUUAUGACAGAAUCACUCGAAUGGA